AUGCCCUGUGCUCAGACCGGCUACCUCUACGAUGACGUCGUCCAGGCAGACUUCUCAGCACGGAUGCAGCGCAAGCUGGUGCCUUCCUAUCAGCCCAGAGUCCAUCCAGCAUACCAGUCUGCCUUCAAGCUGAUGGACUUGACUGCCAACUUCAAUGAACAGGGGCUCAGUGAUAGCUCGGAAAGUCGAGCUUCGACGGACCUGGCAUCAGAAGAGGGCGAGGAGCAGGAAGACAUCACCCUGGCGGCGAGCAUCUUCGGGAAGGAGUACGAGAGCAUGGAGUACUUCAAGCGAGAGAAAGCUGAGAAGAAAGCGAGGAAGAAGGAGAAGAAGGAGAAGGGGGGAGACGAAGAGAAGAAGCAGAAGAAGAGAAGGAAGAGCAAGGGCGCAGACCCUUUCAUGGAUGACGAGGUCAAUCCCUACGAUGCCGGCGCAAAUGACAAGCACAAGAAGAAGAAAAAAAAGGAUAAAGGGAGCAAGAAGGACGAGGCACAGUUUUCUGAAGCAAAAGAUCUGGCCGGCAUUAUCGACUUCUGA